ACGUAAUUUGGUUAACCAUCCUCCAUCUUUUUUUGGACGGCCAGUCAUCUGUCAAGCGUUCAAUCUUAUUCAUCCGAGGUGGAAACAGAAAAAUUAACCGCUCAUAGGGUGUUUUAAACGCGAAAAAUUAUCACGGAGGCAUCCGGGUACUAGGGCCGCCGCGCCCGGUCGCGCACUCGGGACGGACGAAGGGGGAAUCGGUGCAGGCACAUACAACGACUUCACGCCGCUGCUGCCCACUGCACUAAGUUAGGUGCCGAUUCACCCUCCGCUCGCACAAAGCCCGACGAUGCAGAGAGCGGGCGCGAGGCACCCGGAUGCUAGCCCGUCCACCUCCGGCGCCAUGGAGGAGCACUAUGCUACGCUCAACGAGUACCUGCAGAUGGAAUACAAGUUCCAGCCGAGACUGUGUCUGCCUAAUGAGUCCGAGAACGGUGAAGUAACAACUGGGGCCCGCGACGGCGCGGCGCACGUGAUGCGCUGCCUCAAGGUGUGGUACGACCUGCCAACCGAGGUGCUCAUAGACGCCGUCAGCCUCUUCGACAGGUUCCUAACCAAGAUGAAGGUGCGCCCGUGCCACGUGCCGUGCAUCACCGUCGCCUGCAUGAACAUUGCCAUCGACCAGCACGCCGCCCACACUAAAGAGGCCCGCAAGGUCUCCGUCGAGGAGCUGGUGUCGAUCUCCCAGUCGGCGUGCACGGCGGGCGACGUGGCGCGCAUGUCGCGCGUGGUGGUGGACAAGCUGGCGCUGGCGCCCGGCACGCAGCCCGUCACCGCCCGGGACUGGCUCCGGCUGUUCGCCCGCCUGCUGCAGCCGCACACACCCACGCCACCCGAGGUGAGUGUCUCUACUGUUGUCUGCAUGUAUGCGGAGCUACUGAAGCUGCUGGAGAUCGUGGUGUGCGACGCGGCCUGCGCCAACGCGCGCACCAGCGAGCUGGCGCUGGUCCUGCUCUACCACCAGCUCGAGCUGCAGCUGGUCGCGCUGGCCCGCACACAGCCGCUGCCCGACCACGCCUACCAGCUGUUCGAGAUCGGGGCCCAGCUGCAGCACUACUGCAACAUGUGUGACGCAUCGCUGGUGAGCACGCGCGGCCGCGUACAACACGUCCUGGCUCGCUACGAGGCGCGCGCAGCGGCGCCGCAGCGCCAGCGCCUCGUGUGGCGCCUCUCCGAGCGCACGCUCAAGGUGUUGCGGCCCACGGACCGACUGGGCUCGCUGCUGCCCACCAUCGAGGAGCAGCACUACGCGGUGGAGGCCACGCCCAACAGGAACAGAUCCGGCAGCGAGAGCAGCGAGAACGAAGAGACGUCGGACUGGCCGCGCAGCCCCGUGCUGCCCGUCUACUGCGACCACUGAGCACUCCGCACCAGCACCCGCCUCGCGGGGGGCAGUCGCCACUAACGUGCACUACUCAUGUAACAAUACCGAAACGUUUGCAACACCACCCGACUACGGUCUCAAUAGACAUUAGACAGUACAGUCUGAAUAGAGUGCUAAAGUUACUUAACAAUUCACAUGGCGACCCCGCCGAUCCAUAAAAUAUGGGUUAAAUGGGGUACUUUAGCGAUCUAUCACGACGGUGCCCAAGUAUUCUGUGAACACAACAAUAUUGUUACAUUAUUAUAGAUGUUUUUAAUGAUCUGAUGUGGACGCGAGGCCCCUUGCUUGUCGUAGUCUUAAAAUAUGGCUGCCACUGUCCAAAGUGGUCGUGUACCUAGGGGCUGCACUCUUUUUAAGCUUUCUCGAUCUUCCAUCGAUUACCUUUAAAUACAACCAGAUUGGUGAAUGACAGGAGUAGUUUCUAAUUGUGAAAUUAUAUUUAUUUUGAUAAUACGAUCAAAAUAGUGCAGUCUCUAGUACCUCAGUAUAGUUAUGUUUACCUGGUAUUAGGCAGCUUGGAUGUCAACUGGAUGAAAGUAUGUAUGUGAUCCCAAUUUUGAAAAAUAGUCAAAAGUCCGUGAUCCGGAAAGAUGGUGAGUUAUGAGUAUUUAAAGUAAAUUGUGGUCUUUUACGAUAUUUGACUGUGUAGGCUGUUUAUUUUUGUUUAAAUAGUAUAAAAAACGAAUGUAGUGUUAGCAUUCUGAAUUAAUAAACUAAUGAGGAAGUUUAUCGGCCGAGCGCAGUGAGGUGUCGCAGGAGACGGCAGUAUAGUUUAGUUUAACGGUUAAGACAUGGUCGAGUGCCAGUUCAAGCGUGUUUUAACGUUUUUAUAAACGAGAAUAGGUAAUUUUUCUACAAAUUUACAGUUUUAAGAUUAAAUAGUGCAAUUCAAGUCGAAAUUUGUCUUGACAUUUUUGGAGUAUUAUUGAAUUUCGUUUAUUGCAUGCGUCCCGGGCGUCGCUUAUUCCAGAGACGAAGUCACACGAGCGCAAAAAUACACUUAAAUACUUAGGUCUAAGUUAAACUUUCUUUUCUUAUUUUUUUUUUCCUUAAUUGCGCUUGUAUGGGCGAGUCGUUAUUGUAAACUAAUAUCAGUCUUUUUAAGCUUUAUUAAAUUUAAUUGUUAUUAAUAGUUUUUAUUUCGAGUAAGCGGCGACCGUGUUGCCCAUAGAUUUCUACUGUGAUGAUUUUUAUAAGAAAAUGUUGAAAGAAAAUUCCAUAUUGCGUAGUUGUUAAGGAUACCUAUGCGAGAACAGCGUGAAGUAACGAUAUCCACCGAAAUGAAGUGUACAUGAGCAGUAAAUUAUUUACUAUUAUAUGAUAAUUAAUAUAUUUUUUCUCUUUAAAUACCACUGACUAACUCUCAAAUGAAGAGUUUCUAAAUUUCAUAACAUUUAAUCUAUAACGUUGGCAUUAUUAUUUUCAUUUAUUUACAUUAUUUUAUAGCUUAAUAAUAAUUCUAAUAUUUCGAUUAUUUCAUAAUUAUGUCUAGCUAUAAACGAAUAAAUGACAAAAAAAUUACAAAUCUUUGAAAAAAUAAAAAAAAUGAUCUCAGGUAAUGUUUUCAAUCUGUCGCGAUGAAGAUAAUAAUUUAAAAAAAACAAUUGUGAAAGCGUGAGCGGCGUGUCUAUGGUUUGCAUUUUUCCGCUUCUUAAAGACGCACGCCGCUUGCGCUUAAAAAAAUCUUUCUAAGAUUUUUACGUAGCCUUAAACAGAGUCAUGUAUCGUGUGUAGCGAGUGAGGUGAAAAUGUGUCUUAAAAAAUGUAAAAAAAAAAAUGUCCAAAAAUCCUUAGUAGCUAGUAAAACUCUGUGAUUAAGUCUUAUCAAUAAUGUUUCACUUUUUGAGCAUUUUAACUGGUGCAAAAAGCCAAGAAAUAAAUAUUAAUAAGAAUUAAUAAGGGCCUAAUGUCUUCUUUCUAUUAAUAAUUUGUAAACACAUGACAUAGCGAUUUUUCUUUUAAUUUAGUAAUUUUGAAACAUGUUUUUACAAAUUAUUCUCUUGUAUCAUUCUUCUGAAUAUGAUUAGCUUAAGUGUAAUUGGCAUUUUGUGUGACUGUGGAUGCAGUCUGUAAAAGACUCGACCACUUAAACUAACAUUAUUCUACACCUACGUUGUGAACUACAUAAUGUACGUCAUUGUUAAACGAGGCUCCCUUUAAUAUACCUAUGCUCACAGGUAACUCACACAAACACAUUUUGCUAUUUGUGUGCGUUGGUGUCAGAUUUAUUUCGAGAUCCAUGUGGAUUUAAGUGCCCUGGGGAGAGUUACGUAGUAAAAAAUAAAUAAUUACUGAAAAAUUUUACGGUUUAGACUCCCUUGUUUUAAGUCCCUCGCGCGACAUGUUUCGGAGAGCCUAGGUGGCCUUUCUCAUAGCACUAAUAGUGCGAGCAGCGUUCACGACGGCCGUGUAUCACUGUUAGUGCUUGAGAAAGGAGACCUAGGCUCUCCGAAACAUGUCGCGCGAGUGACUUAAAACAAGUGAGUCUAAACCGUAAAACUAUUCAAUGUUAGCAUAUCUCACAACAGUUUAAAUUCGAUUAAAUAAUCAUAUUUGCAUUAGAUUUUGCAGCAUUUUAUUAGCGUUGGUGAAUGUAGAGUUGGUUACAAGAUGGUCGGGCGAACAUCUGUGUAUGCUUGAGUGUUUUGUGGUACAAUCAUGAAACGGAAAAUAUCUGAAAUCUCGAAUCAAUGAGAGAAUAAAAGUUGAGACUCUUUA